UAGACCACGUGACCGGAACCUGUACACCGGACAGAAACAUUACAAAGAAUAAUGGAGCUCACGUAGAAAUCGUGCUGGCCUGUAUGAGCAAUGUGUCCCCAUGGUCAGAGUGGUCAAAAUGUGACCGGAAUAACAGACGGACACGGCAAAGACUUUUAUUGCGCAGGAGCUGUGCCUACACAGAGGCGUAUGAUAUGGAAGAGGACAUCGGAGUGUGCAAACUUGCAGUGCCCGCUCCUAGUAACAUCGUCUUUAUUAUAGAUGGCUCUUAUAGAGCAGGACACUCCCACUUCCGGUUGCAGCUGUUGUUCGUCAUGGGAAUCAUGCAAGCUUUCGCGGUGGGCCGAAAUUUGACUCGGUUUGGCGUUAUUCAAGUUUCCGGGAAAAGUGGCAUCGGGUUACGCUUGAAUGACACAUUUGAUAUAGAUACCAUGAUAGAUAUGGUGGAUGAUAUACCGUACGUAGGCGGACCGAGGGCAACAUUUGAGGCAUUACAACUACUGAGCAAUGAGAUGUUUAUCCAGAAAAACAAUACAGCGAGAAAUGGACCUAAUCUUGCUGUGUUUGUGAGCUGCGGCGCGUCUAUAAAUUCUACAGCGGUAAUGCAAGCAGCAGAUGAUGUACAUGAAGCUGGAAUACUGUAUGCACGUGGUAUAGGCAUAGGGCCCGAGUUUGAGUACGAUACAAACAGCGACGCCCACAUUGCGGUAGCUGAGAUAACAAGCGUUGUGCGCACCAAUGUCACAUUCCACCACAUCAGGGAGCUCAGCAGGAUUGACCUAAUGGAAGCUUUAGUCGCCGAUUUGCAUCGUUUAAUUGACCCUACAUAUGAAUACGGUGUUGCAGUCACUCACUGGUCAGCGUGGUCAGCGUGUUCCGUUUCCUGUGGUGGCGGCGUCCAGACACGGCGACGUCGGUGUAUUAAUCCGCAAAGAUGCAAAGAGAAACGUCUAGUGAGAACCAGACAGUGCGGUCUGCGUUGUUGUAAUGCAACGCAGCAUGAGGUUCACUUUGACUGCAUAUUGAGUAGCAGAUUGACUUUGUUAUGCAACCAGGACGAUUACCCAAAAAUCUUGCUGGUUCGACAUGUGGAUUCAUGUAGCAUGACCAAUGCAUGCGAACAAGAUGACGAAAUACGAACGUCACUGCAGAAAAGAUGUGACGGAAAGGGGCAUUGCAGCGCCAUCUAUCCAUGUGGAUUGACUAAUCAGGAGGAGCGAUCCAUCGUUGUGUCAUACGAAUGUUGCUACAAUCCUAUGUCAGGGACAGAUAUUCAAAAUGGAUGAAAGUUUUGAUAAUCUAGCCUUCGACUCAACGACUUCCAUCCCUGCACCACUCGAAGUUGUUUGAAACAUCUUUAUCUCCGCACGGAAUACCGACAAAAAAAAUACAGAGCACUCGAGACAAAUAUGCGCUCACAAGAGCCUUAAACAACAAGCUAGCGUCUCAUAUGUCGCGCAUGGAACACAUUGCAUGCAGAGAAAGACGAAAGAUGACACUGCAGCUGAGUAAAAUGAGUAUGUAGGCCCAUUAUUUUCCACGUAGGAAGAACAGAUCAGAGUCUUUUUUUUCUUUGGUCAUACACAGCAGCUAGUAUCUGCACAUUUCGUUACGCGUGUUUCCACUGGCUUAGUAAAACGUGUGAGAGCAUCAAGACGUCAGUAAGGUUCAACACAUAACGCAGGUGACCAAAGAAGUGUUUUAGCCCAAUACGCAUUUUAACUUGGGCUGUUUGAAUUUUAAUUGUUAAUAAUGUGUACUUAUCGGCAACUGCUUGGUUAGGUGAACAACUGCACGUCUUCAAAAUAAUUUUUAGACGAAGUCACAUAUUGAUUGUGCCAGCUUUAACUUUUUAUUUAA